CACACACACACGCGCACACGCACACACACUGCAAGACUCCCCCUCUCACACACAGACUCUCUCUCUCCUCAUUGCCAUAACAACAGAUGCGCCGCAUCAGUCCGCUUGGAUCAGUACAGAAACCGCGGGGCGGAAUGAACCCGCACUGGUGCUGUUAAUAAGCCGCAGAAGAGGUCCCCGUUCAUCUAUUUACGUCUAACCGUUUCAACGGGCUCGCGGGAGAUCCUCAUCGGGGCUGUUCGAUAACGGCCCGAGCGGAAGCGCGGCGUGGGAAAGCGGGGGAAAUCUCCGGGGAUCUCCAGUCGGACCUCCGGCGCGCUCGCGUCUCCAUCUACGGUCGUUCCCGUGUGUUUCCGCCAUGGCUCGUGAGAACGGAGAGGUCGGGGGGGAUUGCUCAUGGAAGAAGCAGGUCGACGACAUCAAGGAGAUCUUUGAAUUCAAGGAGGUGCUCGGGACGGGUGCAUUUUCAGAGGUGGUCUUGGCGGAGGAGAGGGCCACGGGAAAGAUGUAUGCUGUGAAGUGUAUUCCCAAAAAGGCCCUGAAGGGAAAGGAGAGCAGCAUCGAGAACGAAAUCGCUGUUUUGCGCAAAAUUAAGCAUGAGAACAUAGUCGCACUGGAAGACAUCUAUGAAAGCUCCAAUCAUCUCUACCUUAUAAUGCAGCUUGUAUCUGGAGGCGAGUUGUUUGACCGGAUUGUGGAGAAAGGGUUCUACACAGAGAAGGACGCCAGCACGCUUAUCAAACAAGUACUAGAUGCUGUAAACUACCUCCACACUAUGGGCAUCGUGCACAGAGAUCUCAAGCCAGAGAAUCUGCUGUAUUUCAACCCUCAAGACGGAUCAAAGAUCAUGAUCAGUGAUUUUGGCCUGUCUAAGAUGGAGGGUACAGGUGAUGUCAUGUCCACAGCCUGUGGAACACCGGGAUAUGUCGCUCCGGAAGUUCUCGCUCAGAAACCGUACAGUAAAGCUGUCGACUGCUGGUCCAUCGGAGUCAUUGCCUACAUUUUGUUGUGUGGUUACCCUCCAUUUUACGAUGAAAACGACUCCAAACUUUUUGAGCAGAUCCUGAAAGCUGACUAUGAGUUUGACACACCAUACUGGGAUGAUAUAUCAGAUUCAGCAAAAGACUUUAUUAGUUGUUUAAUGGAAAAGGAUCCUGCUAAGCGAUACACAUGUGAACAGGCCCUUCGGCAUCCCUGGAUCGCAGAGGACACCGCACUCUGCAAGAACAUCCACGAGUCCGUCAGUCGACAAAUGCGCAAAAACUUCGCUAAAAGCAAAUGGAGGCAAGCCUUCAAUGCCACGGCCGUGGUUCGACACAUGAGAAGACUGCAGCUGGGCAGCAGCAUGGGUAGCAGCAUGGAUGCAAGCAACGCCAAUCAGAACCGAAUACUGAACGCAAACCAGACUGUGAACGCACCGCCGAACCAAACACCAACUACAUCGAAUACGACUGCGGCUCUCAACCAAAAUCACAAACCGGCUCAGAAUCCAAAUACAGUGAUUAUUAAUGACAUGGCGACAGGCGCUACGUCUAUACCACGCAAAGACUGUACAGCUCCACCCCACACUUCCUGUUCUCUGGCAUCAGCAGCCACUUCCACUGGCUCAGGGGCGGAGCCCUGCAGGCCACUCCCUCCCUCAGUUGCGUCGGUUAGCACAGUGGUAACUGGGACCAAGUGACGCCAGGUUCUGCGGGGAGAGAGCUGGGAGGCCACCGCCCUGUAAGCCCCACCCCUCAGCCCGCUCCCCGCCCUGCCGUCAAAGAAAGGCAGAGGACUGAUCCAUCGCCAUAGCAACCACCGAGAGGCAAAAAAAUGUGCGCCUAACGCACUUCGCAGUUUGACCUGCCUUUCAACCUCCAGGCAACUAGAGGGCGCAAUGCAUGCAGCGGCAGGUGAAGGGGAUUUCCAACAGAAAGCUUCCAUUUGGAGAAGAGGACAGAGCUGUGAUGUUUUUGCUGUGAAUUUGCUAAGUACUUCGUCAGCCAUGUUACCUUUUGAGUGGAAAAACUGCAGAGGUUUAGGUGUGAAAGCGUGCAUGGCUGUGUCCGCCCGUAUAAGUAGGCGGAGCCAAUGUCAAACAGUUCUUCUAGCUCUUCCCUCUUUCCUGCUGCCCUCAUCUCUAUUUGCUCACAAGUGUAUUGUAUUGUUAGCUAGCAUUUCUGAUCUAUUGGGGGCUUUUCAAGGAUUCGUCAUGCUGACCUGCAAAAGUGCUUUUAAAAUUACGUUAGACUGUUUCGCGACAUUUUCGAGUCGAGACUUUAUCUGUUUGCACAUAGGCUGUACAGUGAAUGAAUUACUGUAUUACGGACGAACAGGAAGUUAAUGCUUUGAGACCUUCAGCUUCACGAAUUUCAAGAUAUCAGUUAAAACAUGCUAUGUUUUAUUGUUAUCUUACUUUACUGGACUUUUUUAAACGCAGGGACAGAAUGGAGCCGAAGCAGUCCGAUGAAGCUUGUUCCUGUCGCUUUCCGCUUCAAACGUGACUUUGAGCUCCACGUACAGACAUAGUUGAUGUAAGAUUAUUGAAUAUAGUAUAGCUGUUAAUACUAAACACACACACAUCUCACGAAAAGCCAUGGCAGCGUCUUUUAUCGCCCAGUGUACGAGUUCUCAGGGAAUUCCACAGUUUCACUGGCCUAUAUGGUGGUAUAGUAAUACCUACAAGAUUGUCCUAAACAGCCAGAUUAAGGUGAAGCAGUAGUUUAGUUUGAUAAAGUUUGCCACUGCGUUCUCAUAAUGAUUGUAUGACCAGGUGGUAAAACGUUGUUGCUUUCACGUCAUUUUGGAAUCACCGUAACGAGUUAUCGAAACAUUGCGGUUUGUUCAAGGACAUCAGUAGAGAUUGGGGCGAGUGUAUCUGUUACCAUGGGUUUACACCAGAUGCGAGUUCAACGAUUUGCGCGGGUAGAUUACAUACAAAGUCAAUGCAAAGACGCGAUCAGAUGCGUCCUUGUCUGGGGCGAUGCGAAUGAUGCAGUAUGGGUGGCGCGUUUACACGAAAACAUGCAUUAUUCGCCUCAAACUUGUCUUCGCCCAAGUUCAAAAUAUUCAACUUGAGCGAAAAAAUGUCCAUGACACAAAAUGAAAUCCCGCGAGUUAUAAAGAACGAAUAACCUGAUGCACAGCGUUUGGUGUGUACGUAACAUUAGUCCGGAACUGGAACUGGGGAUUGUUUGGAAAACAGCAUAAAAGGAUUUUUUUGUUACUUUUUAGUUAGCUAUUUUUUUACUUUUCCUAAUGCUAGUGGUAGAGGAACUACUUUGUUUUUAAAGCUAGUAAUUGUAAGUACCCAUAUUUCAGUUUUAUGCGCUGUCAAAAUGUUGAAAGUUAUCAAGUGUUUUUGGCAUCAUCGGCUUUGUUGCUCUGAAAUUCGGCAUUCAGAGCAUCGUCAUAAUUACAGUAAUUCCAAAACGACGUGGACGCAGCAAAAGGAUUUUUAUUGACUGUAAACAUUUUUCCAGAAGUGGCUGAUUUUUAAGCAUUGGUUUAAGGGCUAAGUUCAGAUUUAUUCCCUUCCUUAGUGAUGGCUUACUAUCGUGUCACACAAUGUUUUGAAAGUAAGUGACUGAUGUCUUCUUUGCCCUUUACGGUUUGUUAAUAUCACAAGAGGAAAACUUGUCUACGGACGCAGGGAUUUAAGAGUAUGUGACAUUUUCCAAAGUGCCAUCAUGCAUUUUUCUUCACUUUCUUGAAUGUUGGUUUCAGUGUUGAUUAAAAUAUGACUCCUCAAUAUGGGGAGGUCCAAACUACUAUGAACUUACUUUCAUGUCGGAUCGGACGUGCGUUUUGUCUUCAUUCGCACAUUUGUGAGGAGUUUGUAAUCUGCUAAGCGUUUCAGAAAAUAACAAAAAGAUUUAUGGGUAACACUUGAUUUGACUUGAAGGGGUGUUCAUAAGACUGACAUGACAUCUUCAUAAUCAUGACAUGACACGUGUCAUGAACAUGAUUUUUUGAUUGCAAAGCCAUGACACCAUAUAAUCAUUGAUUCUUGGUGGUUGGCGGUUUUUCCUUUUGCUAAUAGGUAAAAUUACCAGAUUAACAGAUUUAUGAAAAAAAAUGUGGAAAAAAUAUUUAUCUGAUAAAUUUUUACAGACGUUUAAUUUAGUGGCCUUUUUUGUACACGAACAACCCAAAAGGGUAGUAAAUUUGCCCACGGUAUAUUGUUGAGUAUUUGAAAAAAUUCAAAGCAUUUUCUCAAAAUAUGUGUAAAUAUAAGAAUUGUCACCAAAAAUCAUUCCAUUUGCUGAAACACAGAGAAAGUUGUGGCUAAAUUAAACAUAAAAAAAUCAAAAAUGGUCAAAAAUUGCCUCAACACCCAUAAGGGUUAACAUUAAGUGUUAAUAUUUUGUCAAAUAGUUUUAUAACAGCGUCAUGAAUAUUUUUCUUGACCUCAACUACAGCGGUACAAUUUUUUUUUAAAUUAAAAUGUCAUUAAGUGUUAAUACUCUGUCAUAUAGUCUUUUUUUAUUUCCUCCAGAUGUUAAAAUAAAAUCAAAUGAAAUAAAAUCAGUCAUCCAAUAACAAUAAUAAUACCAAUUAAAAUGUAUAAAAUUAUAUUUUUGCAUUUGUAGAACGAUUCACCUAAAAUUAAAUAAAAACAGUACAAUGGGGGGUAAUCCAUGCAGCGUUGGGUCCAUAUCGCUGCAAAAACAUUAAUUUAAUGUCAAUUAAAUUAAUUAAAUUUUUUGUUAGUUUUUGUUAUGUCAGAAAACUUCAGAACCCUCUGUGUGUUGUUUUGGUAAUGUCAAGUUGUCAUGACAAGUUAUGAUGUAUUGGUUUAUGUCAAGUUGUCAUAACAAAGACAUCUCAAACAAUGUCAUCUUUGCAUUAAAAAUGACAUAAUUGAACAAAUUACACUUAACGACAGCUGUCAUAAACCUGCAUAAAAUCUCCUUCAUGUUCAUGACACGUGUCAUGCCAUGAUUAUGAAGGUGUCAUGUCAGUCUUAUGAACACCCCUUCAAGUAAAGUGUUACCAUUUAUGUUCGUAUGCUAAAAAUAUGUGUUGUGGUAACAAUGGAUUAUACUGCACAUUUAUUUUCCUACGUUUGAGUCAAUUACAGUGUAAGCAUGAAAUGUACCGGUUUAAACAGGAAGUUUCAGGUUUAAUAUGUUAAGCUCUAUCAGCAGUAUAUCAAAAGUUUUUAUGGUGAUAUUUAUUUAGAUUUAUGCAUUUGGGAGAUGCUUUUAUCCGAAGCGACUUCAUUUUUUAUCAGUACAGUAUGUGUGUUCUCUAGAAAUGGAACCCACACCCUUUGCGCUGCAAACGCAAUCUCAGUAAAGAAACUAGAAACUCAAUUGAGCUAUAGGAACACUUACAGUAGAAGUCUAUGGUGUGCCGCCAUUAAAACAAGUGUUAUUCAAGCAGUACAGCAGGGCUGGUUUAUUCAUGGGAGUGCAUUGUGUUCCUUCUAGUAUUGUGUAUAGUGUUUUACCAUAAUGUUGCUUUAUUGUCAUAGAAUUCAAAUUUUUCACAGAUGAUAACCAACAAUCACACUAACUUUUGUUAAUACAUUUAAUAUUUAAAGGUCCACUGUGUAGAUUUUACAUGGUGAGAUUGCAACCAACUGCUCAGUCCACAGCUCUCCCCUCUCUUUCGAAACGCAUAGAGAAGCUACAGUAGCCGCUAAACAUGUCAUCAUCUGUAGUGACAAAACAGGCUCUAUAAAGCAGUUUGUCCAUUUAGGGCUACUGUAGAAACAUGGUGGCAACUUCCAUGUAAAGGGCUUGUUAUAGUUGUGCGUAAGUCCUACGCCGUAGCCGCGACGGCAUUGGUUCCGCGUCCGUUUUCAUUUAUACUUUUGCGUUGUCGUCCGCCUCGACGUGCAAACACACAUGCAGACAGCUGGUAAGCAGAACUA